ACUCCGCAGCAGCCUGAAAAGAGCCCAUCCCCUACAUGAAAGGCCGCUUCUCCCGGAACCGAAGAGCCAGCGAAGCAGUUUCCUGGGGGACCCGUUGGAGAAGCGGACGUGCUAAGAUGGCGGCUCCCACAGAAGAGGGUAAUGUGGCUGAAGACUUUAAGAAGCCGAUUUUGCCCCCUCCGUUGCCUCUUUCUCUCGCUCGAGGAAAGGCAGCCGAGGGGGUGGCUCCUAAGCGCCCCCACGGCCCUGCGGUAGGCCCCUCUCCCCCUGUCCUUCCCGAGUAUCAGGAGCCGCCGUGGGGAGGUUGCCCCUCAGAAGAGGACUCAUCCGGCUAUAGCCUGGAGACGGUAAAAGGCGGCGCGGUCCUGGACCGCAUCAGCCUCGUCGGCCAGAGCCGGAUCCUAGUAGGCCGCGCGCCGGACUGCGACCUCUCCUUGGUUCACCCUUGCGUUUCGCGGCACCACGCCGUGCUUCAGCGCCGGCCGCCACGGAGCUCCGCUGAAGGGGAAGAGCCCCUGGCGUCGGAGAGCCCCGAACCCGGCCUGUAUGUCUACGACCUGGACAGUGCCCACGGCACCUUCCUCAACAAAGCGAGGGUCCCUCCCCGCACCUACUGUCGAGUCCGAGUGGGUCACGUCUUGCGUUUCGGGGGCAGUAGCCGCCUCUUCAUCUUGCAGGGCCCAGAGGAGGAUCAAGAACCGGAAUCAGAACUGACUGUAACACAGCUGAAAGAUCUGCGUAAGCAGAAACUGGCCAAGUUAGAAAAAACUAUGCUGGGUGAUGAUUCUGAUGAGGAUCAAAAGGAAAUGGAAAUAAAAAAAAGUGAAAAUAGUCGGAAUGAUUUAAGCUGUUCCUGGGGAAUGGGGGAAGAUGCAGAAGAAGAAGAGGGUGAAGAAAAUCCAAUUGCUGUUGAGUUUCAAGAGGAUCAAGAAGCCUUUUAUAUGAAAGAUCCCAAAAAAGCAUUGCAAGGUUUUUUUGAUAGAGAAGGUGAAGAAUUGGAAUAUGAAUUUGAUUCCCAUGGAACAGGCACCUGGCUUUGUAGGGUGAAGCUACCUAUAGAUGAUGCCUCAGGGAAACAGCUUGUGGCAGAAGCUAUUCAUUCAGGGAAGAAAAAAGAAGCAAUGAUCCAGUGUGCAUUGGAAGCCUGCAGAAUAUUGGAUGCUAGGGGUGUGUUGCGACAAGAGGCAGUGUCCCGGAAAAGAAAAGCAAAGAAUUGGGAAGAAGAAGACUACUACGAUAGUGAUGAUGACCUAUUCCUUGAUCGGACAGGAGUUAUUGAACAGAAACGACUCAACAGAAUGAAGAAAGCUGGAAAGAUAGAUGAAAAGCCAGAAACAUAUGAUUCAUUGAUUGCAAAACUACAUGCAGCUGAGAGAGAGCUCUCUGAGAUAGCAGAGAAGCUGAAGUCUUCAAGGACAACACAGUCCCAUUCAGCAACUCAGGACUCACUGGAUGAAUUCAUGACGGAAAUCAAGUCAGGAUGUUCCGUAGACAGUGUGACACGUAAAAAGCUUCACUUGAGAACCUUUGAACUGAGGAAGGAACAGCAGCGAUUGAAAGGACUAAUUAAGAUUGUUACCCCUGCAUCCAUGCCGGAGCUGAAGUCCCAGCUUGAGAAUCAAGAUCUGGAAUCUCAGAACAAGCCCAAAAAGCUAACUUUACCCCUGUUUGGUGCCAUGAAAGGGGGAAGCAAAUUCAGACUAAAAACAGGGACCGUAGGGAAACUGCCCAUGAAACGUCCAGAUAUACCGGUAAACCUAUUAAAGAUGAAAGAUGAGGGGCCAGAAGAAGAGGAGGAAGAAGAGGAGGAGGAGGAAGAUGUGAACCACAGUUUAAAUCGAAGCUCACAGAACACAAAGAUGGAAACUGCAACACAAGAAAUGGUUAAAGAAGGGAAUCUCCUUUCCACUUCUUAUUCACCCAGAAACCAAAGAUUUAAAUCUCAGACUGAAUCUUCAAGCAAGGAUACAAGCCCAUUAGAUCAUAAUUGCCCAGUGAAUGAGUUGCAGAUAAAACUAGAAGCAUCUGAGAUGCCAGCAACAAAGCCAAAAAAUCAAAAAGAUAGCAGUAAACCUAAGAUUCAGCAUUCAUUAUCCUCAAACUAUCCAGAAGAUGAUCCAGAUUACUGUGUAUGGGUACCACCUGAAGGUCAAAGUGGUGAUGGCAGAACCCAUCUAAAUGCUAAGUAUGGCUACUAAAUUAUUCUGAAAAGUAAAGAAGUAUGGCACAGUAAAUAACUGGAACAAUAUGCCAUUGAAAUUACAAGCAACACAUUUCUGUUCAUUUUCUUAAGCACUGUUUAAUGAUUCCUGAUCCUUUCUUAAGGAUGUUUUUCCCUUAGAAGUGAAUGUGUGUAUAAAUGUGUAUAUAGUGGUGAUAAUUAAGAAUUUACAGGUAUCAUAGAUAUAGCAAUGUUGGUUUUAUAAAAACUUUUUAAAAUGGUUGUUUUUAUUUCUUUAACAUUAUUUCAUGAUCUAAAGGGGUAAAGGAAUUAGUAAAUUAUUUCUUGAUGUAAAAGGAAUUAGUUAUAGAUUUCUAUUUAGUCAAUAUGUAUGCUGAGGGCUACUUCAAAUUCGCUGAUGCUUGGAUUGAUUAUCAAAAUAUUUUCUGCCUGUGCAUAUACAAGUAUGUAAUUCCACAAAAUACAAUUGCCGAUGGCCCUCUCUGAGUGGAGCUGCUGAAAUCAAGACUAAUUUUUAUCCUUCCUUUCUGUCGCAGUCUUUUUUGUAAAGGUUCUUUGUUGAUAUUUUUCUUUUUCCCCUGUAUGAGAUGGUGAAAUACUAACACAUUCAUAUCUUGGCCAGUUGUAGUUUAGUAUUAAUGCGGGUGAAAAAGUGUAUUAAUCUUUAGCAGUUCCUGAAAGAAUGUUAAAUAUCUAACAUUGGAUAGUUGGGAGAGUAAAAGCUAAGGAAUGGGAGUACUAUGAAUUAGUGUAUCUGAAACUUUUUGGAUAAGCCAGAAAACAAGGCUUCUGCUCAAAAGGCAGUUAUCCUUGGUCUAGACCUGCUUUUACAUCAUAAUUUCUGCACUUAGGUUGCAUCAUGUUCCAUAUGAGAAAAGGAUAGAAAUUGCAUUUAAAAGGAAAAAACAAGCUAGAGGUAUACAAUAGUCUUAUCUACUACAGUAUGUAAACAUAUUACUUGGGAGAAUGGAACCAGUUCAUAACAGGAGAAGAGAGGGGGAAGCACUGGAAAAUGUUUACUAGUUUCAAUUUUCUUUUAAUGGUAGAAUAAAACCUGCCUUUGUGCAGCAUUACAUUAAUGGAUUUACUGGCAAGUAGGAAUGUGAGGAUUGCACGAUUCAUAGAAUGAAAGGAGAAUUGAGUUCAUGAGUAUGGUCCUGAAGUUUUAGACCAAUUCCAUAACGUAUGGGUGAAUGAAAGGCUGUGUGAUUGGGCCUGAGACAGACUUUAUGAAAUAUGGUAAACCCCCAUAUUCUGGGCCCUUUAUCUAAUGCAUAAGAAUCCACUUCCAUUUUGUUCCAUCUAUAACAUUCACAUACUAAUAACCAUUUCUCUUUUAGCAAAAAGAUUUAAGCGAUAUUUAUUUUACAUUUAUGCAAAACCCUAGCUUUUGGAAAUAUAUGGCCCAGAGGGAAGUUUAUUUUUAAAAUCUCCAAUGUGGCUCCUUUAAAGAUUAGAGUCCCAAUAAUUUUAGUCUUUAAAGAAAAAUGAAAAUGGGCAUGCAACAAAGUAAAGUACAGAUAAAAUAGCAUUAGAGUUAUUUACAAAAUGCCUCAUUCCUCUGAAUUUCCUAGAAAAACAUGGCGGCUGGUGGCAGCCUAUGCUUUGGGGAGCUCUGCCCAUUUCCCUACAAAGCUUGGGAUAUAGGAAAUAUCCUGGGGGAAAUAAAAUAAGCAGCAACUUCAAAAGUCUGUCUUCAUCUGAAAGGCAAAAUAAAAGUUUGCCUUCUACCAAGUGGGAGUUUUAGGACUGGUUUUGUCCAAUAAAGCAGCAGUUUGAAAAUAAUUAAACCUCAUGAAAUCUGGCAUUGAUGAGGGCUCCUGAAAUUUCAAAUGUUCAAAAUCCCUGGUUUAUCCUAUAUUGUUUAAAGAUAAGCCCCAAUCUUUGGCAACAGCUUCUCAUCUAUUCAUUCAUCUAAGUCAUCUGUUCUGUGUUCAGUAAUUUGUAUGAGCAAGGAUUACUAAUUCCAGAGCAGAAUUAGUAUAUUAUAAAAGUAUAGGGUGUUUUUUUAGCCAUUGCUAUAAUUUAAAGUUCUCUUCCAACAGUUAUUCCAUUUCUGUCACACAUUUGUGACUACUUGUGACUGCUCUCAAAGUUGAUGUAAAAAACAACAGAUUUUUAUUAUCAUACCAUAUCUAGGCUACAAAAUAGGGAAGGCCAUAGAUGACAGCUAAAUGACUUAGAGAUACAGAAGUCCCUCUGCUGCCAUCUAAUGACCACCUAGAUUUUUACAACCUAGAAACAUGUCAAAGAUACCCUUCCAGUGUUCCUCCUAUAUAUUAAAUACAAAUGAUAGGAAAUCCUUUUUUUUUUUUUUUAAUCCAAGUAAGCACUCCUCAGUAUUUCAUCACCUCCAUUUUUUCUCAUGCCAGAAGGCACAGAAAGAUUUAAAUUAUUAAGGCCUGCACAUGGGUGGGUACUCUAGAUAAUUCAGUCUGCGGUUCUUUGUUCCAUAUUACAGAAAGUUCUUGUCUAUGUUCUCUUUUAGUUUUGUGUGACAUAAGCUUCCCUCCAUAAGCCAUAAUUGUGGCCAGACCCUCUGUGUGACCACAAGAGUUAAAUGAAAAAUGAAAUUCCUGAUUGCUUGUAGCUUAGUUCGGCACAGAUUUAAAGCAGCUUCAUACAUUAAGAUGGAAAUACAAGCCAGAUUAAUGGGGCAGGAAAAAUAUGGUACAGCACAGUCACUGAAAGUUAAAAUAGUAAUAGGGCCAAGCCUCAGAUUAAUCCAGACAGCAGUUCCAUUGGAUCAAAGCAUACACAAUCAUCAUCUCCUAUAGACUUUCAUAAGAAUAUGAAAAAUGAUGAAUUGGGGUGGGUUGUUAUUUAAAUUGUUGUGGAAAGGAGAUCCUGGUCAAUAGUUAAAAGAUUUGAGACUUUAAAAAAAUGGGAAAAACCGGGCAAGAUGGCAGAGGGAUUGGCAGUUAAGUCAAACUGUCUGCUUAGAAGUGCUUUAAGUUUCUAAUGUGGAUGGUAAAUAUAUUUUAUUAAAAUUAUCAAAGUAUAAAAUGGGAAGGAAAAUAGUGGAAAAAUGGGGGAGAGGAAGGUGUAGGAUAAAGGGGGGAAAGAAGAAAGAAAAUUAUAGACUUCCAACUCUUUUUAGCUCAAUAAAAUAAUAUAAUAAAAUAGCCUCAACUUAGUAGUUUUAUGUAAUAUGUGUAUUAGCAUUUCUAUAACAACAAACCUAAUGAACAAAACCCAUAAUCAAUGUUUCAUGUUUUACCAUCUCAAGCACAAAAUCCAAAAGCAGUUUCCAUAUAGAAAUAAAGUUGGAUGUGUUCUUUUCUUUGAUUAAACAGUUAAUUUAGCCAUCUCUGCUAGUUCCAUCAGUUUUUCCAGCCAUUCAUCCAUUGUGGAAAUUAAAGUAUCUUUCCAUUUUUGUGCAUACUGGUAAAUAAUUAUUAAGUUCAGACCUGUUAAUGCUCUGCUAUAAAAUAAAAGGCUAGUCAGCUAUUAAA